AUGGAUAUUGGUACAAUACAAUCUACUGGAAUAUUAUUUCUUAUAAUUAAUUGUUGUGCUGCGCCUAUGUUCGGGAAUUUCAAAGUUUUUGGUAUAAUAUUUUGGGGAAUCCUUGAAAUUAAAUAUGAAAAUACGUUACAGGGAGAAAAAUAUGAUGGCAGACGGGCUGAUGUUUGGUCUUGUGGUGUUAUAUUAUAUGCGCUACUAGUUGGGGCAUUACCGUUUGACGACGAUAACUUGAGACAACUUCUUGAAAAAGUGAAGCGUGGAGUGUUUCAUGUGCCACAUUUUGUGCCUCCUGAUUGCCAGCAGUUAUUACGAGGAAUGAUUGAAGUCAAUCCUGAAAAAAGAAUGACAUUAGCAGAAAUAACAAGACAUCCAUGGGUGACAGCAGGAGGCCGUGGAGAGUUAGAACAAGAGUUGCCAAUGAUGGAGGUGGUUCAGACAAGAGUCUUACCAUCAGCCGAUGCAAUAGAUCCUGAUGUACUACAGGCUAUAUGUAGUCUGGGGUGCUUUAAACAUAGAGAAAAGCUGAUACAGGAUUUAUUAAGUGCACACCACAAUACAGAGAAAGUGAUAUACUUCCUUCUGCUGGAGCGUAAAAGGCGUCGGCCUGCUAGAGAUGAUGAGCCAAGGCCACCUGCUUUAGCUGCGCCCACUGAUCCACCACGGAAACGACUUGAUACCUGUCGGGUGAAUGGCCAAUCAGCACAUUUUGGUCAAAUAAGUGAAGGAUCUCCUAUUACCCCAAGGCGAUCUCAAUUCAGGUCUUCCAGUAGACGCGGUGAAGGCAGAAGUUCUCCCCAGCUGUCAGCGAGUCCUCCUGCUGGUCACACUCCGCACCGGGUCUCUUCCCUCGGAGGAACCCCGGCUACUCCUGGUUCACCUUUAGCAUCACCAUCAGUUCGUGAACAUCAUCAUCAAAGAGCGAAUUCUACUGGACCUACCAUUAGCUUAAAUAUUAGUGGCGAACCAGGCGAAGCGGUGAUAAUAAUAAACGAAUCCCCAAUGGUCGGGUCCUCAGUGGCCGUUCGACCUCAUAGUCCUUCGCAUUCGCAUAGAGUACGUGAGAGGUCUUCCCUCCCCGGGCCUACGACACAGUCGCCUGCGCAAACGCUAUUCCCAAAUUUAGGCACUAUAGCAGAAACUACCAUAUUUGCUCUUAUGCCCCUUGCCCCAACAGUUCCAGGUGGGGCAUCUUCAUCGGGCGCGGCGGCUCCUUGGCGAGCGAGAUUAGCCACAAUCAAGAACUCCUUCCUUGGAUCACCUCGGUUUCAUAGGAGGAAAAUGCAGACGUCUUCAGAAGAAGUCCACCUCACACCGGAGAGCUCUCCGGAGCUGACCAAGCGUUCCUGGUUCGGAUCUCUUCUACUAUCGGCGGAUAAAGAAGAGACGUUCACUGCUCUGGUUAAGGGGAAACCACUCGCUACCGUCAAGGCUGAUCUAAUACACGCUUUUUUGAGUAUAGCGGAAUUAUCACAUAGUGUGCUAAGCCCGAUGUCAUUCCGCGUGGAAUACAAACGGGGUUCCAACGCACCCGCCAUGUUCCAGAGACAUGUGAGAUUCCAGGUGGAUAUUUCAACAAUAACGAAAGCGCCGGGUGAGAACGGGAAAGAAUAUUUAUAUGCCAUCACUUUCACACUACUCUCUGGUAACAUCCGCCGCUUCCGGCGAGUGUGCGAAGUGGUCCAGGCGGCGGUUUGCCGGGCCCCUGGGGCCUCCAGGGCUCCGGCCCUUCAUCCGCCCUCGCCUAGGGCUUCGAGGCGGAAUAUUCAGCCGCUCAAUGCGAACGAAAUCCCGGACAGUCCAGAGACUCCGCAAAAUCAAGAAGACAGCGAUUGUUCAGUGUUCGACUCUCACACGCCCGGCAGUCAGACUUCCAUUGAGAGGUUCGAUCAGAAUGGCACUCAUACAUUAGGUUCAAACUCGUCUGUCGCGAGUGGAUCCAGUGGAUAUAAGCAGGGCGUGCGUUGUCGGCGUGCUGUAGAGCCGGCGUCAGCUUCGCUUGACCACGAGAUUAUGAGUUGCGGAAGAGACUUGCCCGGUACACAUACAAAGAGGUCAUCAUCCGAGUGUAGGGAGUCCACUUCGUCUCCUCGCCGGGGUCUCGAAUCCCGGGACUCGUCUAUAAAAGACGAGCUACGCCGCAACAAUUCACUACGCGAACGUCGCGACGUGACACCCACGUCAUUGGCGUGA